GGCGACGACUGAAUCUUGUCUUCUUCGUCUGAUUAUCAGUGAUUCUUCCUUGUUCUUCCUCCGAUUUCGUAUAAGAUGUCGGAAACUGAAGACAACAACGAAGCUUUUUUGGGUGAGGAAGCUGAUGGUACUACAGAAUCUUCUGCGGGAAGGAGAAGAAGACCCACGACAGAGCGAUCAAGCAGUGAUGUUCCAGCCGAAGAAAGCAAAGAAAAAGCAGGCGCAUAGAGCUGAAGUUUGGCAGCAUUAUAUUGAGAAGGAAGAUCUUGUAGGUGUAGCUAGGUGUCGGUAUUGUUCCCAACAGAUUGGCUGUGAUACUAAGUUACAUGGGACAAGUUCCAUGAAGAGUCAUCUGCUAAGAUGCAAGUUUUUCAAGGCACAUCAAGAUCUUGGUAAUCAGAAGGUGUUGGCUGGUGAUAUGAGGGGUGCAAUCACUACAGUUCCUUAUGAUAAAGCGCUUUUUAGGAGGUCAGUGAAUGAGUUGCUUGUUUUGUGUGAGUUACCAUUUGCAUUUGUGGAGUCUGAAGGAUUUAGGAGAUUCUGUGCAAAUAUGCUUCCAUUGUACACGGUUCACUGUAGGAGGACAGCAACUGAAGACGUCUUUAAGAUGUUUCUUAGUGAAACAGCUAAAUUGAAGAGUCUGUUUAGCUGUGAACAGCAGAGAGUGUCUUUGACGACUGAUAUUUGGGUUGCUCCUACAACUGCUUGCAGCUACAUGGUGAUCACUGCUCAUUGGAUUGACAGGGGCUGGGAUUUGCAGAAAAGGAUUAUCUGGUUCAAGCCUGUGACAGAUCAUAAAGGAGACACCAUUGCUGAUCAUCUUAGAGCAUGUCUAGAGGAAUGGGGAAUUAAAAAGGUAUUCACUAUCACAGUAGAUAAUGCUAAAGGGAAUGACAAAGCAAUUAGGUUGUUCACAGAUGCUUGUAGGUCGCUGGGGCCUAAUGCAUUAGUUAGAGAUGGUUCAUUAAUCCAUAUGCGUUGUUGUGCACAUAUACUGAACUUGAUAGUCAGAGAUGGUCUAGCAAAGGUAAAUGAAAGCAUUGUAGUCAUUAGGAAUGCAAUUAGGUAUGUAAGAUCAUCAGGUGAUAGGUUGAAAUCAUUUAAGUUGAGGGUUGAGACAGGUAAGUGUGGUAGAGGAAGCUUGUCUUUAGACUGUGUGACAAGGUGGAACAGCACAUAUCUCAUGCUAACAAAUGCUUUGAAAUUUAGAGUUGCAUUUGAGAAGUUACUCGCAGAAGACAAGCUCUAUAAUGACUACUUCCAGGAAUCAGAAGAAGAGAAUGGAGAGAGUGGACCAGAGGGUGCAAAGAAGAGGGUUGGACCUCCUACUUCAAAAGGCUGGGAUGAUGUGCAAAGGUUAGUAAAGUUCUUAAAGAUCUUUUUCAACUGCACCUUGGCUUUUUCAGCCACUAAGACAGUUACUUCUACAAUUUGUUACCAUGAGAUAGUGCUUAUUGAAAGAAGUUUGAUUAAUUUGAGCAUCAAUGAUGAUCAAGAGUUGCGGCUUGAAGCAAUGGAUAUGAGGGCCAAACUUGAGAAGUAUUGGGAUGGACUGAUCAAUAUGAAUCCACUAGUGAUCAUUGCUAGUGUGUUUGAUCCUAGGAACAAGAUGCAAUUUGCUAAUAUCUGCUUUGACAAGCUUUAUGGGAAGGAUAGUUUGGAAAGUGACCAUCUGAAAAGCUCCAUUAAGAAGCUGAUGAAGAACUUGUUUGAAGAGUAUGUGCAGAGAUUAUGUAACAACUCUCAAGCUGAAAAGACAGUGAAUGAUGUAGCCACCAGUGAGCUUGACAUUUACUUGUUGGAAAAGGCUGUGCCAAGGCAAAAAAACAGAUUGGGUAUGGACUAUGAUGUCUUAUCAUGGUGGAGACGCAACAGCCAUAAGUUUCCAGUCUUGUCAGAAUUUGUGAAAGAUGUCCUUGCCAUUCAAGUGUCUUCUGUGGCUUCAGAGUCGGCAUUCAGUACAAGUGGAAGGAUUUUGGAUCCUUUCCGGAGUUGUAUAUCCCCUCACAUGGUUGAAUCUCUCAUUUGCACACAACAAUGGUUGAGGAAUACCAUUCAUCAAGAGAAGCUUGCAAAUUUGGUUCAAAUGCUAGAAGAAUUGGAUUUCCAUGAGUCCUUGGGAUCCAAAACAGUGGCUGAUGAUGCAGACUUGCCGCCGUGAUCACUUGAAGGGCUCUGUCUUUUUGGACCAUCACCAUGUGUACCCAAACUUGUCUCUCUCUCGCUCUCUCUUUAACUCUUAACUCUCUAUUCUGAUAUUAUGUCUUUUGAACUUAUGAAAUAUGAAUGUUGUUUGUUUACUUUUGAACUUUUGGUAAUGCCUUUUGGAUGUUGUUUGAUCAAUGGUGAUGAAUGAUGAUAUUAUAUUUCUUAUGAUUUUUGUUUGUUUGAUUGCAUAUUGAUGAAUUGAUGAUAAUAGCAGGUAGAUAUAAGUAGAAAUGGUGAUUUUUAUUUGCAUAAAAUUGUAUUUCGGUU